GUGUGAUGUAACGCCAUUAACCACUCGCCCAUAUCUUCCCUCUAUAUCUUCCCCCACUUUCCACCUCCUUCUUCGUCUUCUUCUUCAUGCAUAUCUCACACACACACAUACACACACACACACAGUAGGAACAAAAUGACAAAAAGAAAACACCUAUGGCAAUGAUUCAAUUCGAUUCCGACAAUCAGAAACGGAUCCAUGGAACACUUUAUUCACACACUCACCUAGAUUUUCCUUUUCCUUUUUCCAUACCUGAUUCGUCGAUCGUCACUUGAAUCCUUAAUUCUAGUGAUCUGAUUUCAGUACUAACAGUAAAUAGUAGAAUCAUUCGACGUGAUUAUUUCCUCUCUGUGUGUGUGUGUGAAUAUGAAAUUCCUUCUAGAAAUGGUCGCGUGCUGCGGCUCGUGUUCGGGGAAUUCCAUGGUCAAGGAAGAGGCGAGUUUAUUGGUGCCGGGUUCCGCCCCACCUUCGCCGACCCCGAGAGCCGGCCGCCCUAAAGGGAGGAAGAGAUGGAGGUCGGGAGGAGCUAACGGUGGCGGCUCCGCCGUUGAUUGGCGGCCUUCAUUGACUUCGAUUUGCGAAGAGAACGUGUUGAGUGAGCGGACGAACAAGGAUCAUCCUCCUCGUAAGGAUGAUGCCGCCGUCGUGAAAACAUCUCCUUCAUCACCGUCGGAUCGGAAUCUCAAAAGGAAGAUUACGUCAACGCCUAGAACUCGUUCUUCUUCUUCUUCCUCUUAUUCUUCUCGAGAAGAUGUGAGACAUUCGAUAUCGAUUCAUGCGGUGAUGCCUACAUUUUCUCCCGCACCGUUCAUGUUCUGAGGAGCUUCCGGACGUUGUACAUAUAUGAUGUGUGGAGUUGUUAAUUUAAAGGAAAUCAAGCAACGUGUUGGUCUCAAUAAGUCAGGACUGAAGAUUUGUCAUUUGUAGAUUGCUUUGUGGGUAGUACCAGUACGUACUUUGGAGAAGUUUUACUACAUCAUUUACCACCUUCAAACAAACAAGAAAGACUGAGGGUUGGAGGUUGUAUAGAUCGAGUUUGUUAGUAGUAUCCUUACAUGUUGUUUUGAUGUAAAAGUGUCUUGUCUUCUUCUGCUUUUUAUGUUAUGUAACAUUGCUGCAGAAGAAUUUUUAGUGCAUCUCCAAAAGAGCUAAGCUCUGUUUGUUCCCCUUUGGGGAAAAAAAAAAACCAACAACAUGUUUCUUAUGCUAGCUCUUUGACUAUGAAUCGAUCAAAGAUGAAAUAAUGACACGCCUUAUAGUGUUACAAAACAGUCAUUCUAGGGCAAGUCUAUUGGAAUGGCUUAGUAAAGGGUUGCCAAUUAUUUUAUUUUGCUUUUACUAAAGGAUGACUUCAAUUUUUCAAUUUAAACUUUACAAGAUUUGUGAUUUCACUCAAGUAAUUUAGAAUUUCUGCCUAUUCCACAGGAUAUUAUAUACAAAAAGGA